CCCACCUCCUCUCUUCUGUCUCGCCUAUCUGCGUCCACAAUCACAUCUUGAGUGGUCGCAUCUGCCACUGACACAAAUCUCGUAGGCUAGACUCUAACUUCGGCUUGCUUUGCAAAUUCCAAUGCCCGGCGGGACCAUGACUUCUACUGUACCCCAAUCGCAUAGCGACGGAAGACCUAUGCAGAGGCACUUUGAGCCCUACGCCGACAGUGGAGGAACUAUCCUAGCUAUUGCAGGAGCAGACUUCUCUGUCAUCGCAGGCGACACGCGUCAAACGGACUAUUACAACAUUCAGACUCGAUACGCGCCAAAGGUCUUCCGUCUAACUGACAAAGCCGUCCUUGCUGUGAAUGGCUUCGCGGCAGACGGGAACAUGUUUAUAAAGAAGGUUAAACAGCGGCUGGAGUGGUACCGCCACGCGCACGCGAAGGAUAUGCCUUUGCGCGCAGUCGCUCGCCUGAUUCAGACAAUGCUUUAUGCUCAGCGCUUCUUCCCGUACUAUGUGUACAACAUCCUCGGUGGCAUCGAAGAAGACGGCUCGGGAGCUGUAUACUCUUUCGAUCCUGUCGGUUCAUAUGAAAGAGAGGCUUGUCGCGCGGCCGGAGCUGCUCAGCAGCUUGUACAACCUUUCCUUGACAACCAGAUUUACUUCAAGAACCAGCAACCUCCGCUCGGAACGGUUGGCGGGCAUCCGACCCAUCUUCCGCUUGAACGCGUCCUUUCGCUUGUUGUCGACAGCUUUACAAGCGCAACAGAGCGCCACAUUGAGGUCGGAGAUGGCCUUGAGAUGUACGUCGUGCUGGCAAAAGGCCGGACGCCUCAUGGUCUCGAAGGGUUGCGCUCCGCGCAAGUCCGCGAACUUGCGGGAACGACGGAUGGUGAACGCGUGUUCGUUAUUAACCAGGAGUUGAAGAAAGAUUGAUGAAAGCGAUAUAAAUAGAAGUGGGCGUGGGACGUUGCCGUUGCGUUGUGAGGUUUUGUGUGGCUCCUGUUUGUGGGAUUUUCGAGGAGAUUUGAUAUGUGGGGGUGGGUGGAUCGUAUUGAGAUCGACGCUGUCAUUAGUUUGGUGGCCGAUCUACGCGGAUGCGGAGGGGUAUGAAAUCAAACGGCGGGUGGCCGACCAGACGGUUCUUCAUACAUGCAGAUUCGAUUCGAUUCGAUUCGAUUCGGCUCAGCUUCGUUUUCGACUUGACUGACUCUUCCUCUAUGUCAUUUUUUCCCAACUGUCUGUCUGUUUCGCCUCCUCCCUCAUGUCACAUCGUUUGUCACCUCUGAGCGAUACCCACCGGACUCUCCUCUCCAUGAUCACCUACACUAGCCAGCCAAUGUAACUGCUACGUUCUCUCGCCUAUGUACUAACUUAAUUAUUUCCCCUUCUCAUUUUCUUGUUCCUUCCUUCUUUGUUCACGAAUUUCUCCCCACCUCUGCUGCUCAAUGAAUUUUUUUGCACAAGAUUUAUUCUUUCCUUCGCUCACCCCUUAGCAGCCUGUUCAAGGUUGCAGGACUCUGUGUCUUCUAACUCUCCC